UGGCUCCGUCUGCGGCCACAGCUCCCAGCAGCGGAUUGCGGUGACAGAGAGUGUGUGUCUGUGUGUGUGAGAUGGGGAUUAUUCUCAUUUCACAGCAGAGGACAGAGGACGAGGCUGAGAGACCUCACACUCUUUGCAACUGUUCUGUGAGAGAGCAGGAAGGGCCGGAGAUUUGAAAAGACAACAAAUGGAAGAAAAGCAUAGGAGAAAAGAAAGAUCAGGGAGAGAGCAGCGAAAGGAGGAAGAUAAAGAGAGAAGGAGGUAUUGAUGAAAGGUGGACCAGAGAGAAGGAUCCGGAAGUGCUAUCCAGCUGGAUUGCGGUGAUGACGGUGAAACCGAAAUGUCUUGCAGCGUUCGGGAAGAACACCAAUAUUUAACAUGACCUGUGACCUUUGCCUAUCACCUCCUGUGACAGAGCGACUGCAGGAAGACAGGCUGAGGCCUGCUGGUGAACCCAUGGACCGGGAGGAGGUGAAGCUCUGCUCUUCCAUGCUCAUGAGAAGAUGAUUUUCAACUGACUUUACACUUUUUGAUUUGUGGAGCUUUGAGUUGCUUUGAUUUCUACAAGCUCGGUCCCAGGUCGUAUUAAUGAUGGCAAGUGUCUGAACUGAGCUAACAUAACCAUCUGCUGACUGUGAGAUUUGGAAAAUCAGCACAUGGCUUCUGACCCCAGGAUUAUAUUAUGAGACUCUGCAGGGAAGCCGAUGCUUAGUCAACUCACACUUCACGGCUCCAGUGGACCAUUGGUGGAAAAAAUGACUGGUAUCACAAGAUCUCAAUAGACUGGAGUCAGCAAUGAUAACGUGCAAUAUGUUUAAUACAGAGGGGCAAGCAAAUCCUCUGUCAGCUGUGCUUUCCACACCUGCUUCUGGGAAACUGAUGUUCUGAUGUGCUGUAUGGAGUGCAGAGCGCGGAUACAACUGAUUCACUGAAAAACAGGAAGUCUAACAGACCGUUCUGACUGUCGGGCGAGACCAGGCAAUCUCGCACUCUAACCCAUUCGUUCUGGUUUUAACGGUCAUGGGUCUGAACCCCGGCAGGAGUACCUGACUGAACCAGGGAAUGGUCGGCAGCUCAAUAAAACUCUGUGUUUGGUGCAUGCGAGGGGGAGGUCCAUCUUGAUCUCUGAUUCAGAACUCGAAGAAGAAAAAGUCCUCUCCCCCCCACUUACCUCUGGUGGGGGGGAGGGUGAAGGGUACUUUUGUUUUAGGGUUUAUUUUUCACACAGUAGGCUGUAGGCUGUAGAGUUAGGCGACUCUGCUCUGCGUAACUUCAGAUCCGGUCCAAGUUCUUCUUUGUUGUGUUAAGCUUCCUCUUUGUGUUCGGCCAGUUUGAGGGAGUUGUAUCCUCGGCCCUGGGGCUUAUUUGUGUCACCACUCUUUGAGUUAGCCUUUGGCUCUGCACUAGCAGUAGCUGUGACUCAGGCAGCAUUUCAUUUGGUGCAGAAGUUUAGCAUUUAGCCUCAGUGCUGGCUUGAAUUGUACUAUCUGGAUCUAAACAACUGUGACAGCAUUUAGGCUAAAAGUGACCGUUGUCCACUGGGCAUUUCCACAGCUGUUUUUUUUAGCCCUAGGUUCUCUAGCCAUUAGCUUGAGUGCUAACUUUCAGACCUGUUAGUCAUGGAUGCUAAUCAGGGCCCAGGCCAGGGCAGUCCAGAAAGCCCUAACCGGGCCGUAGAGUAUCUUCUUGAGCUUAACAACAUCAUUGAAAGCCAGCAGAAGCUUCUAGAAACACAGCGGCGCCGAAUUGAAGAGUUGGAGGUCCAGCUGGACCGGCUCAGCCAAGAGAACAAGGACCUCCGUUUGGACCGGCAGCCCGUCGCUCCUCCCCCACCUGCUCCUCCUCCCGAGCCUCCUCUCCCUCCUCCUCCGCCACCUCCGCCGCCGGCUCAGACCACAUCGGCUUCCAUUUCCACUAAGAAUCACCAUCACCACAACAGCCAGCACCAGGCUCCGGCACAGCCUCCCUCCUCCAUCCCCCUCCACCACCAGCAUCAUCAGGUGCACCACCACUCCUCCACCCACCACUCCUCCACCCACCACUCCCACUCCUAUAACAGCACCAACAGCACUGCUCCGACUCCAGUUCCAGUUCCAGUUCCCUCUCCAACUUGCACCCCAACCUCUCACUCUGUACCGACCCAAAUUCCAGCUCCGAUCUCCUCUUCAGCCCCGGCUGCUCCUCCCCCACCUCCGAUUCCACCCAGGGAUCAGCCGCGAGCCCACAGCCGGCUGACCCGCGUGCCCUCCACCAGCACUGGCACCAACACCAACUUUGUGGAGAAAGAGAAGGAAAGGCUGGAGCGCCUGCACAGAGCCAAUGCUGCCAACAACCAUCACGCCCACACCCUCCACCACCACAAAUUGUCUUAUUCCUCCUCCACCACCUGUUCUACUACCACCACUUCUUGUCGUUCCUCCAACAACCCUACUAGCAUCACCACUCCUUCCUCCACCUCCUCCUCCUCCUCCUCUCUCUACUCCUCCAGCCUACCUCCUAACAGCCACGCCACCUACCAUCAGUACUGCUGUCCCGCGCGCCUCCGCCUGCCCAAGCCUCCCUGCGCCCUGCCCCCCGCCAAGCACCACGAGCAGGCAAGUGUGGAGGGCGACUCUCAGUGUCCGGAGGCACUCACCUUUUCUGAUUCAUCCUUUGGCCAUCCACCUCCUUUCCAUCGCUAUAGCAACAGCCCCCUCUCCAGCCCCUGUGACCCCUACGGCUCUCCCUCCUCCAGUGGGCCCCUGGGAGCCUCCCACACACAUACACAGGGCAGCUCACCCAUCUCGCCCCCCAGCCCAGCGAGCCUCGCCUGGGCUCAGCGCAGCCGACACCAGCCGGCCAGCCUGGCGCUCCGCAAGCAAGAGGAGGAGGAGAGCAAACGCUGCAAGGCUCUAUCUGACAGCUAUGAGCUCUCUACAGACCUCCAGGACAAGAAGGUGGAGAUGCUGGAGAGGAAGUACGGGGGCCCGUUCGUGUCCCGGCGGGCGGCGAAGACGAUCCAGACGGCGUUCAGGCAGUAUCGCAUGAACAAGAACUUUGAGAGGCUUCGCAGCUCCGCCUCAGAGAGCAGGAUGACCCGCCGCAUCAUCCUGUCCAACAUGAGGAUGCAGUACUCGUUUGAUGAGCGUCAACCACAGGGUCAGGGACCACCAGGUCAGCAGGGUUCAGAGGAUGCAGGAGAUGUGGACGACUCCUUCUCUAAGCAGGUUAAGUCGUUGGCAGACUCCAUGGACGACUCCCUCACCUGCCAGUCCGGCCGUGAAGACUCGCAGGAAGCGGGAGGAGAUGGAGAGGAGGACGAUGACGAGGACGAGGAGGAGGGCGAUGAGGAGGAAGAGGAGGAGGAGGAAGAAGGGGAAGAGGACGAGGAGGAAGACGAGGAGGAAGACUACAGACAGUGCGCCUGGCGCAACACCACGACAUCUUCCCGACGUGCUGCGGGCCGGACGGGGGGAGGAGGGGGGAGGGCAGGGGCAGGAGGAGGUGCCUCCAUGCACGAGGACAGCACCGCUACCUCCUUCAGUGAUGUCACCCUGUACAUGGAUGAAGGCUGCCUCCCUUCCUCGCCCCUCUCCCGUCCCGCCUCCAGCUCCGAUACAGAGUACUGGGGAGGAGGGGGAGGGGGAAGUGCAGGGGGGAGAGAAGACAGCAGGGAGACAGAGGGAGGCAGCAACACGAGCCGGAGGAGCAGCACCCCCUGCACAGAGUGUCGGGGCGAGUACAGAGGCAGGGGCGGAGGAGGGGGACAUCUCCCCGUCCUGACCAUCGAACCGCCCAGCGACAGCUCAGUGGACAUGAGCGACAGGUCAGAGCGAGGGUCUAUCGGACGCCUGGUGUACGAACAGGAGCCGUCAGGAGUCGAGCGGGGAGGAAGUGGGGAGAGGGAUAGGAGGGGGGGAGAAGUCGAAGGUGAAAGCGGAGAAGAUGAGCGAGGAGGAGGAGGCGGAGGAAGCAGCGAAGCCGAAUCUCCGCAGGGAACCAUCAAACACAAACCCAACGGUCGCUCGGUCGCCACGGCGCAGGGACAGACUCGCAGCCCCUCCAACGUCCCCCUGCCGAUGCCUUCGGCCCGCACCCUGCCCUCGCACCCGCUCCCUCACCCACUUCAGCACCCCCACCCUCACCCCCACCCUCACCCUUCACCCAUCCCCCACCUUCCUACCAUCCUCGACCACCACCCUCAGUACACCCAGCAUCACAUGAUGCACAUGCACCACGGACACGGCGGCAGCCCUUACAUGCAGCACGCUCACCACUUCGCCCAGCACCACUACCACCACCUGCACCAUCAACACCACCACCUCCCCCACGCUUACCCAGAACCCCCUUCUUCCCCGCUGCCAUCUCCCGUACCGCCCCUGACACCUCUGUCCCCUCUGCCGCCGCCGCUCACGCCCUCGCCGCUGUCCUCCUCCUCCUCUGCGCUCCAAAGCAUGGAGGCACAGCAGCACCACGCUCACCACCCCCACCUCCACCACCACCACCUGCUCUGCUCCGACGGAGACAACGAGAGCGUCAACUCCACCACCACCAACUCCAACGAUGACACAACGGUCAACAACUGCAGCUCCGGCUCCUCGUCCCGCGACAGCCUCCGGGAGCCAAUCGGAGGAGCUGCGCUGGGAAAGCAGACCUAUCAGAGGGAGAGCCGUCACAGCUGGGACUCGCCUGCGUUCAACAACGACGUGGUGCAGCGGCGGCAGUACCGCAUUGGACUCAACUUAUUCAACAAGAAGCCAGAGAAGGGGAUCCAGUACCUGAUCGAGAGGGGGUUUGUGUCAGACACGCCAGUGGGCAUCGCCCGGUUCAUCCUGGAGAGGAAAGGCCUGAGCAGGCAGAUGAUCGGAGAGUUUCUGGGCAGCCGGCAGCAGUUCAACAAAGACGUCCUUGACUGUGUCCUGGAUGAGAUGGAUUUCUCAGGGAUGGAUCUGGACGACGCUCUGAGGAAGUUCCAAGCUCAGAUUAAAGUUCAGGGUGAAGCCCAGCGGGUGGAGCGGCUGGUGGAGGCCUUCAGUCAGCGAUACUGCGUUUGUAACCCGGUGCUGAUCCGGCAGUUCCAGAAUCCAGACACCAUCUUUAUCCUGGCCUUUGCCAUCAUCCUCCUCAACACAGACAUGUACAGCCCCAACGUGAAGCCGGAGAGGAAGAUGAAGCUCGAGGACUUCAUCAAGAACCUGCGUGGUGUCGAUAAUGGUCAAGACAUUCCCCGGGACCUGCUGGUGGCGAUCUAUGGAAGAAUCCAGAAGUGGGAGCUUAGGACAAACGAUGACCACGUGUCCCAGGUCCAGGCGGUGGAGAGGAUGGUGGUCGGCAAGAAACCUGUGCUGUCGCUGCCUCAUCGCAGGUUGGUGUGCUGCUGUCAGCUGUUCGAGGUUCCCGAUCCAAACAGAGCUCAGAGGAGCGGCGUCCACCAGAGAGAAGUCUUCCUGUUCAACGACCUGCUUAUGGUGACAAAGAUCUUCCAAAAGAAGAAGACUUCUGUGACGUACAGUUUCAGACAAUCGUUUCCUCUGGUCGACAUGCAGGUCCACACUUUCCAAAACACCUAUUAUCCUCACGGUAUCCGGCUGACGUCAGCGAACCCCGGAGGAGAGAGGAAGGUUCUGAUCGUCUUCAACGCCCCGAGCCAGCAGGACCGGGUGCGCUUCACCUCUGACCUCCGAGAGAGCAUUGCAGAGGUCCAGGAAAUGGAGAAGUACAGGGUGGAGUCUGAGCUCGAGAAGCAGAAAGGCGUGAUGCGUCCUGGCGUGUUGACAGGGGCAGGACCAGGAGGGAUGGGCACUCAAGGAGGCGGGGCAAACAGCGGCGGAGGAACCUUAAAGAGUGAGGUCGUGAACGGCACCCUGGGAAGGCCGAGCCUCGACGACACGUACGCAACAGUGGACGGACUCAAACGCACAGCACUCAGCUCGUCGCUCAGAGACCUCUCAGAGACAGGGAAGCGGGGUCGUAGGAACAGUGUGGGGUCACUGGACAGUACCAUCGAAGGUUCCAUUAUUAGCAGCCCCCGGCCUCACCAGCAGCGCCCUCUGCCUGAUGGAGGUCUUUCUUACAGCCCCAUGAUGGUUCCUACAUCUCCAGCAGCCUACCGGCCACACCGCCCUACUCAGAGCCCCGGUACGGGGGUGGGGGGUGGGCCGGGGCUCUGUCACAACCAGGGAGGGGUCACCACCUCCCCACUCGCGAGCGGGGGAGGGGUUGGGGGCGGCGGAGGGAUGCCGGCAGGGGGCGGACCGACUGGCGGAGGCCGACUAGGGAAUUUCUUCGGCAGCCGCAGAGGCAAAGUUCCUGGUCCCCUGACGAUGACCUCACCCCCUCCACAGGGUCCCCCGAGUCCCCUGAUGAUAUCCUCACCCCCCCACUACCCCGCCCCCGCGCCUCCCAUCCCCCACCCAUCCUCCCCUUCCCCAUGCCCCUCCCCAUCGCCCAACCUCGGCCAGUCGGACUCGGGAGGAGUUGGAGGGGGAGGCGGUACGGCAGGGGCACAAUCCAAGCUCCAAGCGUUGCACGCCCAGUAUUGCCACGCCAACAGUGGAGGAGGCGGAGUCAGUGUUACUGGGCACCAGCAGCAGCAGACACCACCCCCACCUUACCAUCACCAUCACCGCUACCACAUGCAGAGCGUCCCGCAGCACCACGUCCUCUCGCACAGGUUCUCCGCACCCCGACGGCAAGGCCCGUCCGGCUGCGCUCCCUCUCAUACCCAGCAGCAUCAGAGGAUGCAACAUGGCGUCAUUCCGCACCCGCGCUACAACAUGGCGUCAGGCUUCACCACGCCGCCGCCGCUGUCCCCACACUCCCCUGUCACCCCCACUACCCCGCACGCACUCUUCCACUCGCACCCCGCGGCGGGGAGGCCAGGUGGAGGGGCCAAGCUCCCGCUGACCAUCUCGCACUCGCAGCCCCACCCCCACGCUCACACACACUCUCACAACCACGCCGUGCACACACACUCCCCGCUCAGCCCGUCCCCGUCCGCCUCCCCCUCUACCCACUUUAUCUUCUCCACCCCGCCACCCCAGACUCCCUCAGCACGCCUCGUCACCCAGACGCCUCCGAAGCCAUAUACCCCCCAGUACCCACCGCUUUCGUCCAUCCCGCCUCCCCCGCCGCACUCACCCUUGCCUCCCCCGUCAACUGCCCCGCUCUCCCCGCACCCCCCGGGGGUGGGGGGAGGCCAAGGGGGCGGCCCCAAAUCCAAACCCGUCAGCCGGAUCAGCACGGUCGUGUGA